GCCCAUGCAGAAUCCUGCGCCUGCGAACUCUGCCUUACUCCUGGCUGCAUAAACCGAGGGUUUUCCAACAUCCAAUCUUGAACGGGGUAUUCGAGCGCGAUGAUCAGGCUCUUUCUUCCCCGCUAAAUUGAAGUCUCACCAUGGGUGUCACCGGCCUGUGGACUGUCGUUGCGCCCACAGCCCGCCCAACGCAGCUCGCUUCGUUGAACCGCAAACGUCUGGCGGUCGACGCCUCGAUCUGGAUCUACCAAUUCCUCAAGGCGGUGAGAGACAAAGAAGGCAAUGCCCUGCGCAACAGCCACGUCGUCGGGUUCUUUCGCCGCAUCUGCAAACUGCUGUACUUCGGGAUCAAACCUGUCUUCGUGUUUGACGGAGGCGCCCCGAUCCUCAAGCGCGAGACGAUCCGGAAACGCGCACGGCGCAGGGAGGGCCGACGGGAAGAUGCGGCGCGGACGGCGGGCAAGUUGCUGGCCGUGCAAGUGGCGCGGGCGGCGGAAGAAGAGGAGAAGCGACGAAAGGCCGCGAGAGACACAGACACAAGACGGGGCGAUGAUCAGGAGGAACUGCCCGAAGACGAGGAAUUGGUAUACGUUGACGAGCUGGGCAUGUCCGCGCGCGAACGACAAGCCGGACGGGGGGAAAAGUUUCGCAGAAAGGACCAGUACCAUCUCCCAGAUCUGGAUGUCAGCAUAGCAGACAUGGGCGCGCCGAACGAUCCGAGAAUCAUGUCGCAAGCUGAAUUGGAAGACUAUGCGCGACAGUUUCACAGUGGGGAGGAUGUGAAUCUCUACGAUUUCAGCAAGAUUGACUUUGAAAGUCCCUUCUUCCUCUCCCUGCCUCCCGGCGAUCGAUACAAUAUCCUCAACGCGGCAAGACUCAGAAGUCGCCUGAGAAUGGGGUACAGUAAGGAACAGCUGGAUGGCAUGUUUCCGGACAGGAUGGCAUUCAGCAAGUUUCAAAUCGAGAGGGUCAAGGAGAGAAAUGAGCUAACGCAGAGGCUUAUGGGGAUCAACGGGAUGAGCGAAGGAGAUUGGCUGAUGCACGGGGGUGGUAGGAUUGCGGGUGAGAAAGGAAAGGAGUACAUUCUUGUGAAAAAUGAUGGGGUCGAAGGAGGAUGGGCCCUUGGUGUUGUGAGCGAUCGCAAGGGAGCCAAGAAAGAGACUGCGAUUGAUCUGGAAGAUGAAGAAGACAAAGCUGAUGGAACAGCAGAUGAGGAAGAGAAUGAGGACUUUGAGGAUGUGGCGAUCGAGGGCUUGAACCGAAUUCCCAGAGUGUGGGCGAAGAAGAGGAAGGCGGCGGAUUUGGAAAGAGAUGCGCCGUUUUAUGAUGCGGUCGAAGAAAUUGCAAGAAAGAGAAAGGCGGUCUAUGAGGCUAGGAGCGCGGCGUCGAAGAUCGAGUCUGUUCGCCCGAAAGGGCCCGUGCCAGCUACAAGUAAGACGGGGAAUGCGACGGCAGAUGAAGAUGAUGAUGCGCUGUUCGUACCAGAAGACAAGCCUGAUGAGGAUGGUGGUGCUGAUGAAUUGUUCGAGGAUGUUCUGCCCGCUGAUCCUAUUCAAGAAGAUGUGGAUGAUGAUCUACAACGAGCAAUUGCGAUGUCACUAGAAAGAGUCUCUGACGAGGAAGAUGCCGGAGGGUUUCUGCCGCAGCAAUCUAAACCGAGAGAAGCGGAAGACGAGGAUGAUGAUGAAGGCUUCGAUCUACAAGCAGCACUUGCAGAAUCAAGAAAGUCUAAGCAUGUGGCGAAGACCAACGUUAGGGAACGCACCCCAACACAGAAGCCUAGUCUUCCAACACCACAGUUUGAUGGACCUCUACCGUUCGAGUCCAUUAACCUUGGCCAUUCUUUACUUGGCAAGAAGAAGUCUAAGAAGAUUGAGGAAGACUUAUCAGGAGGCUUUGAUCGGGAUCUAGGAGACGAUGCCUUUCGCAAGGAGAGACCAGCCCAGCCCAUGCCCGACUGGUUCAACGCUGCUCCGAGCACGAAAGAUCUCAAGCAUGCCCCGGAACCGAACAAAGAUGACGAGAUCGACCAAACUGAGAGGCCAGAUACGGACAUGAAUGACAGAUUACGCAGACAAGAUACGAAAGAGAUCAUCGACCUAGAAGCAGAAGACGAUGGAAAGAAGAAGGAUGAUCAUGUUAUCGAAAUUGAGGGAGAUGAAGAGGAAGAGGUUCCGGAAAUGACACAGCAAUCUAAUGUCGUUUCAGAGCCUGAAAUGCCCGAGGAUGAUGUGCCGGUCGUUGACGAAAAAGCGGAAAACGAACGGCGAAAGCGGGACGAGGAGAGAGAAAAGCGAUACGAGAUGGCACGACAAAUCGCAGCUGAGAAUGACACGGAUGUUAUGUUGAUGGACGACGUGGCGGAGAAAUCCCAAGCGACACCUCCGAAGCCAUCAGACGUACCUCAGUUCAACCCUGCGCCGGAUGCCUCGACUUUGGGGCCAGAAACUGCAGGGGCAGCAGGUAGUGACUUUGAGGAAGUCGACUGGAGUGAAUCGGACUACGGACAGCCAGCGACACCUGGAUCUCUGGGGACAGUAGACAGUGAGAAACCAAAAGACAAACCACUGGCGAAUGCAAACCAGCCUCCUGCUGCUGAAGAUGACGAUGAUGAGGGUGAAGAUUUCGAAGACGUCCAAAUGUCCACACCUCCAGCAGCUUUGCCUGCGGUGCGAGAAAGCCUCGCCGCAGAAACAUCUAUCGAUGACGUACUGGACGAGCAACUUAUAGUCGACGAGAGAAAUAGUUCGCAACCCCAGGGUACCAUUGCCGGAGAAGACUUUGACUAUCUCUCCGAGUCCGAGGAAGAACUCAUGCGACAGCUUGCCGUUGAAGCGGAAGAACAUGCCCGGUUUGUUUCGUCUCUGCACCACCAGAGAACCUCGGAACAGGCGAUGCGCGACUACGAAAACGAACUGAAACAACUCCGCAAUCAACAGAAAAAGGACCGCCGUGACGCGGACGAAGUCACCCAGGUCAUGGUGCAAGAGUGUCAAGCCCUGCUCCGCCUUUUCGGCAUCCCUUAUAUCACGGCGCCGAUGGAGGCCGAAGCCCAAUGCGCCGAGCUGGUCCGCCUUGGUCUCGUCGACGGCAUCGUCACCGACGACUCGGACAUUUUCCUCUUCGGUGGCACGCGCAUAUACAAGAACAUGUUCAACGCGGCCAAGUACGUGGAGUGCUAUCUCGCGAGCGAACUCGAGAAAGAAUUCCUUCUGGACCGGCGGCGGCUGAUCCGCUUCGCCCACCUUCUGGGGAGUGACUACACCGAGGGCAUCCCGGGCGUCGGACCCGUCACGGCGCUGGAGAUCCUCACCGAGUUCGAGACGCUGACGGAAUUCAAAGAGUGGUGCGGUCGCGUUCAGCUCGGACGACCCCAGGAUCUGGAAGACCAACUCACGACGCCGUUUCGACGCAAGUUCCGAAACACGGUGCAAAAGAGGCUGUUUUUGCCUCCUGGCUUUCCCGACGCCAGGGUCGACGAGGCGUACCUGAACCCGGACGUCGAUUCCGACCCGGAGGCCUUCCAGUGGGGUGUGCCGGACUUGGACAAAUUGCGGAGUUUCCUCAUGGCGACGAUCGGGUGGAGUCAGGAACGGACCGACGAGAUCCUCGUGCCGGUGAUCAGGGACAUGAACAAGCGUGAAGUCGAGGGCACCCAGAGCAACAUUACACGAUUCUUCAGUGGUGGGGUGGGUGUCGGCGGGAGAGCGGCGGCGGCGUCAAUGAGCGGUCUCGCGAUGGGUGGCGAAGGUCCGGGCAACGCGGGUGCCGAAGGUAUGGCGCCGCGCAACAGGACGGGCAAGGAGUCUGGCAGGAUGAAGAAUGCUUUCAAGAGGUUGAGGGGAGAGGCAGUCAAAAGGAGAAAGGGGGAUGAGUUUGAAGAAGCCGAUCGGCCGACCGAGGAGGAUCAGGUUGUGGGGGACGGUGCCGGAGAGCCCGCGUUCGUCGUCGAGAGUGACUUGUCGGAAGAAGAAUCUGAAGAUGUCGGAAGAAACAAGAAAAAGAAAAAGGUGCCUUCAAGGAGGCCGCCAAGGAGAGGUCGAAAAGCCACCCAACAGGAAAACGCCGAUAAUACCGAUGAUGGAGAUGAUGACGAUGAUGAUGGAGACUUUGCAGAAGAUGAGGCGCCGAGGAAGAAGAAGACGACGGUGACGACUACCAGGACGAAGAAACGAUGAAUGAAUUGAAAAGUAUAUCGUAUAAUCAACAUAUUUCUCUUUCUGUCUCUCGGAAAGAAAAUUCUCAUUCAUGACAUUGCUCUCUACGGUUUCUCAUUCUUCCUAAAAUGGAGAAUGUUGGUGCCCAACUACGCGACCUUGAGAUAUUUUUGGAAAAGGGGAUUGCUGUCACCAGGAAUGUGCAAGGCCAUCAUGGUGUGUUUGUACAUCUAUUGGAUGAGACGUUGCGCAGGGUCAGCCGGCGCCUCGUUCAAAGGAAUCUGAAAAGAGUCUGGGGUGUAGAUUGAUCAUUUACCUGUCCUGCUGAUACAUGGUUGGAACCGAUCUCGACAUCAGUCUCGAGCAACUGUUUCAGGGGCUAUGACUCGUUAGUAAGUGGGCCAAAGUACACAGUGUAUAUUGGACCAAGGGUACGGAGUAUACUCACAUCUAUUAUACACUCCCAAUUCGCGGAGAAGAAGAAUGGGACGGAGAUUCUUUCCUCGCCCGUGUGAUUGAUGACACGAUGUUUGGUGGAGAUGUAGAGAUUGUUCGUGAGGCUGUUGCAGGUCGGGACACAGUCAGCAUCGGUCUUGUCGGUCCUCAAUGGAUCGCCAUUGACAGAGAGGAAA